AUGCUGGCCGUAGAAACGCCUCCCUCUCUGCCCGUGCAGCACACGCUACCACCGCAGUCGAUAGCAGAGGCACUGCCCGACACUGUGCCAGAGAAUGCGCCCGCUCACUGUCCUGGGACUGAUAGCGACCAGGCGGGCAAGGCCUCGGCGUGCGAUGGAUGCCCUAAUCAAGGUGUAUGCUCUUCAACGCCAAAAGGCCCUGACCCAGACUUGCCAAAGAUCAAACAGCGAAUGGCAGCUGUGCGCAACAAAAUCCUCGUCAUGAGUGGCAAAGGAGGGGUGGGCAAGUCGACGUUUACUAGCAUUCUCGGAUGGUCAUUCGCCACUGAUCCCGAUGUACAAACGGCCAUUAUGGACAUCGACGUCUGUGGGCCAUCAAUGCCCACGAUCCUUGGCCUAGCCAAUGCUACCAUUCACUCAUCAUCGACUGGAUGGUCACCCGUCUACGUCUCCGACAAUCUAUGCUGCAUGUCCAUUGGCUUCCUCCUCCCCUCGCAAUCAUCCGCCGUCAUCUGGAGAGGACCCAAGAAGAAUGGCUUGAUCAAGCAGUUCCUCCUCGACGUCGACUGGUGUGGCGGUGACGAAGAAGAGGCCCAAGCAAUGGCAGACGGAAUCGUCCCUCGCUCUCACCCGCUCGACUACAUGCUCAUCGACACGCCUCCUGGCACCUCGGACGAGCAUCUGUCGAUUGUCUCCUACCUCAAAGAGAGCGGCAUCAACGGCGCAAUCCUCCUCACUACGCCGCAAGAGGUGUCUCUUCAGGAUGUCCGCAAGGAGAUCUCAUUCCUCCGUAAAGUUGAUGUGCCCAUCCUCGGCGUCGUCGAGAAUAUGGCUGGCUUUGUCUGCCCCGCAUGUCAUGGACGCAGCGAUAUCUUCUAUCCAUCAACCGGUGGUGCCAAGGCCCUCUGCGAAGAGCUCGGGCUGCGCUUCUUCGGCAGCGUGCCCCUCGACCCGCGCAUUGGAAGAUGCUGUGAUACGGGCGAAUCUUUCGUCGACGAGUAUCCCGAUUCACCGGCAUCCAAGGCCUACAUGGACAUUAUACAGCAGAUCAGAGCCAUUGCGCCGUGA